AUGUGGAAAAUAAUAGACGAGCAGAUGUCACUGAAAGAUUGCAGUAUAUACUGUUACGCUCCUGAGGAAGAUCCGUAUGAUGGAGAUGAUGCGUCAAUCUGGAGUUUGAAUUAUUUCUUUUUCAGCAAGGCACGAAAACGUGUUUGUUAUAUUUAUCUUCGAGGCAUCAGCGUCCUGACUCGCUUGGCUGACGGAGCUGCAACUCCUGUUGCAGCCAAGAGAGGUAUGGAUGAUGGGUAUUUAACUCCGGACCUUGGUGCAAGAAAACGUGCCAGGUACUGGUUGGGCGACUACGCGCUUGCGAGGGCGCAAGAUCUUAGUAGCGACGAGGAUGAGGAAGUUGAAACACUUCCUGGACCCCGUCGUCCUGUCGUGGAUGACGAUGGAAACUACUCACUGAGCGACGAGGAGAUGCGCUCAAGGUCUGGAAGCAAGGCGACGAUUGUCAGAACGAUGAGUGAGGAGUUAACUGAUUCCAUGGAAUUCUAA